AUGGAUUCUCAGCAAGCCAACUGUAGUAGUACGGCCAGCGACGGCACCUCUUUGGAAGAACAGUCCGGUGAGUUGUCCUUCGUAUCCAGAACCUGUGCUCGCUCUACCUUCGCCUCCAGCCAACGACCAGCAAAGCGUGCAAAAAGCGUAAAUACCGCAAAAAGUGUGAGGUACGAAGACGAGCCUUGUGGUGGGUGCGCAGAUAUUCAAAUCAAAGUAGAACAACUGGAAAAGGAGCUUGCUGAUUUAAGGACUUUCGUGAAACAGACCCUAGUCGGCCAGAACGUGUCCAGUGUUAGAACCCCAAAAACGAAGAGCAAAACGCAAAAAACGCGCAAAAAUAUCGCCUUGGGGGAACCUUCAAACACGAGUAGCAACUCAACAGCCAAAACCUCAGACGCCGGUAACAACAGGACAAUGAAAAUGAAGCCGCCGAUAAAGGGAGACUCGAUUCCCACGCACGAUGUCUUAAGCGAUGUCGCAAAAAAGUUACUUGUCGCGGAAGCCAUCUCAACUAAGCCUCUUGCUGUAAGUGAUGGGAUUUCUGUUCUGCCUGGAGACGAUAUACCUGGGUCAUCCAGUCUACUCUUGCCCUCUUGUUCUGGCAACCACCCUGAGCGCACUACAGAGCACGUAGCUGAAUGCGAAGACGUAAACCCGUGGGUAGAGGGGAGAGGGAAACGCCAUGACAGGAUUCUGAAGUCCCAGCCAGCCCUGAUGGGUUGCUCGGGACAGUCGGUAGACAGUAAAAGUGUGCGUCCAAGCGAUGACUCCGUAAAUCGUCCUCGCCCACAUGCAGCGCAUUCACCGGAAAGACAGAGUACGGAGGACCAUGCUCGCCAGCAGUGUCUGGUUAUUCAGGGUUUGUCAGAAUCGAAUGCAGUCAGACCUGAAGACCGUGUCUCAGAGGACCUUGCUUCUUUUCAUGGUCUGCUAAAUCAUUUACUGCCGGCAGACAUGGAAAUAAAGGUUCUGAAAGCAUUCCGGAUAGGAAAAAGGAGUGAAGACAGGACAGUAGCACAACCACCUCGCCCUCUCAAAAUUAUGCUGGAGAACAAAGAGCAAAUCAAGUUUAUCCUCUCCAAAAAAACCGAUCUCAGAAACACACACAAGCAGGUUUUUUUUUCAACCGGACUAUUCACCAGCGGAACGGUUGAAACGCCGGGAACUUGUCUUGGAGUUAAAAUCAAGACUGAAGGAUGGCGAACACAAUCUGGCUAUCUUCAAGGGGAAGGUAGUUCGAAAAUAUAUGCCGUUUCAGUGGAACCAGCCUGUAAUACUACGAACGACGACAGCUACUCAGCCAAAACAGACACCUUCGUUGAACCACCUGAGCAAGGCGCCAACACAAGUGAGCCCGUAGCGUCCAGUGAUCUGACUGAAAUAAUGCUUGUAAAUGGAACCAAUCAGGUAACGGAAGAGCCUAGAGAACACGACGUCCGCGAUAACGGAGUAAUGCUCACAGCAGUAACAAAUGCAACGGGAAAUUCGGCUGGUGCUAAACUGAUGUGCUUGUACACGAAUGCCCAAAGCCUCAUAUGGAAACUAGACGAACUAAAACUUUGCCUUGUUGAGCUGUCUCCAGAUGUUUUAGCAGUAACUGAGACCUGGCUCUCCGGGAAUAUUAGCGAUAACGAAGUAGCCUUGCCUGGAUACCAAAUUUAUCGGAGGGACAGGCAACAUCGUCAGGGUGGUGGUAUCGUUGUGUAUGUGAAUGAAGGUCUGAAAGUGUCGGAUAACACCACCAAGUUUGCGUGCAGUACGGAAGCUAUCUGGUUGACCAUCAAGGCUACCGGUUCCCCGUGUCUCGAUGUCCUCACUGUCUACCGACCACCUCGGACAGACCGAAUCGCCGACACUCAACUAUUGGAGCAGUUUGAGAAAUUUUCCAGUCGACCUAACAUCAUGAUCAUGGGCGACUUCAACGCACCAGGAACAAACUGGAAUACCCUCCAAGCGUCAGGUCCAAAAUCGGCAUUCGAUUACCGCCUGUUGAGCAAAACAUUAAAUGCGUGCCUCACACAACAUGUAAUGUUCCCAACGAGAACACGUGAAGGACAAAGGGCAAACUGCCUGGAUCUGGUCUUUACGAAAACACCAGACAGCAUAGACGAGAUCGUCUCCAUGCUGCCCCUUGGCCGAAGUGACCACGUAGUGCUUAUGUGGGAUUAUUCGUUAUUCUCCAUUUCACAUACUCCAGACCACAAAAGGCGUAAUGUUUGGAGGGGCGACUUUAAUCAGAUGAGGGCAGACUUAUCCGGUCUUGACUGGGGCUCUUUGUUUACGGGAAGUGCCAACGAUGACUGGGAGCUGUUCAAGAAUGUCCUUCUGCAGCUCAUCAACAACCACUGCCCACUGACUAGUGUAAGACUGAACAAACGCCCUGGGUGGCUAAAUAGCAACCUCAAGAAAGAAAUCAACAGGAAGCACAAGUUGGGGAGAAAAUACUGCGUCACUAAACAAGCUGAAUGCUUCAACACCUACAAGACACAGAGGAACAAACUGAGGAAGCUGAUAAUGCAGACGCGGCGGGAAUUCGAGAAGAACUUGCUACAAAAAGCAACGCAGAACCCAAAAUUGCUCUACAGCUACCUCCGACGAACUACAAGGAACAGGCAUCAAAUCCCUUUGAUAAAGACUACUGAUGGCGAUGAGAUCGCGGAUAGUAGGGAUAAAGCUGCGUAUUUUUCACGGUUUUUCCAAUCUGUCUACACAAACGAGGCAAGGUUCCUUCCUCCCUCCACAGAAGAACUGCCGACUCCAAGCGUCAGUGAUAUACUCUUCUCAGAAGGCAUUGUCCGAAGAGAAUUAGAGGCAUUGAACGAAUCGAAGUCGCCAGGACCAGACGAGAUUCCACCCAAGCUUCUGAAGGAACUUGCCAGUGAGCUCUCUGUGCCUUUGUCGAUGCUCUUUCAAACGUCAUUUGACACUGGAACACUUCCUGUCGAUUGGAAGCUGGCGCAUAUUACUCCGCUACACAAAGGAGGUAACAGGGCAGCGACGACAAAUUACCGGCCCAUAAGCUUGACAUGCAUUCUCUGCAAAGUUAUGGAAAGGAUCAUAAAGACUGAACUGAUGCAAUUCCUGGAAGUUCACGGCCUGCUAUCGAAAUGCCAACAUGGGUUCCGAAAAGGAAGAUCCUGCACGAAAAACCUGCUGCAAUCUCUCCAGAGCUGGACCCGAGCUCUCGACGACAGGCACGCGGUCCACAUAGCCUUCAUCGACUUCCAGAAGGCUUUCGACACUGUGCCACACCAAAGACUCUUACAUCAGCUGAAAAAAAUAGGGAUCGGUGGCAACUUCCUUAAAUGGAUCGAAAACUUCCUUGUGGGUCGACACCAGGUUGUGUGCGUCGGUCGGGGAAAAUCAGAUCCGGCUAUGGUCGAUAGUGGUGUCCCCCAGGGUUCAGUUCUGGGACCCAUUUUGUUCCUUAUAUACGUGGACGAGAUUUAG